AUGGAUAAAUAUAAAAUACAAAAACAACUUGGUGAUGGUACAUAUGGAAGUGUAUUACUUGCUAAUCUCAAAGAUUCACCACAAGAAAAAGUUGCUAUUAAACGAAUGAAAAAGAAAUAUUAUUCAUGGCAAGAAUGUAUGGAUUUACGAGAAAUCAAAGCUUUACAAAAAAUUCGUCAUCCAAAUGUUAUAAAAUUAAAAGAAGUUAUUCGAGAAGAUAAUAAUUUAUAUAUGAUUUUCGAGUAUAUGAAUGAAAAUCUUUAUGAGUUAAUGAAAAAACGUGAUCGUCUAUUUCCUGAAACCAAUGUUCGUAAUGUUAUAUUUCAAAUUUUUCAGGGUUUAUCUUAUAUGCAUAAACUUGGAUUUUUUCAUCGUGAUUUAAAACCAGAAAAUAUACUAUGCAAAGGUGUUGAACUGGUUAAAAUAGCUGAUUUUGGUCUUGCUCGUGAACUUCGGUCGAGACCUCCUUAUACUGAUUAUGUUUCUACACGAUGGUAUCGUGCUCCUGAGGUGCUACUUCGUUCGACUUCAUACACAUCUCCAAUUGAUAUAUGGGCAGUUGGAUGUAUUGCUGCAGAAUUAUAUACAUUAAGACCAUUAUUUCCUGGAAGUAGUGAAAUUGAUCAAAUGUUUAAAGUUUGUGCUGUGAUGGGUACACCUACUAGAGAUGAAUGGCCUGAAGGUUAUAUGUUAGCAGCUAAAUUAUCAUUUCGUUGGCCACAGUGUGCUCGAACAGAUUUAAAAAAAAUAAUUCAUAGUGCAAAUAAUGAUGGUAUUGAUAUGAUUAAAGGAACACUUGAAUGGGAUUCAAAACGGCGACCAAAUGCAGCACAAUGUUUAAAACAUCCAUAUUUUAAAGUAAGUCAAGAUGUACCAACAACAACAAAUUUACAUACAUCAACUGGUAAUAAUUCAUCAUCAAUAAGUUCAGCAAGAUCUCGUGAUUCAAAACCAAUAUUUGCAGAUGAUUGGGAAACAGAUGGAAAUAAAACUCCAUCUAGUCCUGAUGACAUGCAUGAUAUAGAUGUGUUAUUAAAGAAAAUGGAACAACAGAAAAAACCUAUUGUAAAAGAAAAAAAUUCUCAACAAGAGAAAUCAACAAUAUCAAAUUUCUCUACAUUUCAUAAAAACGAUUCAUCGAUCUCAGAUAAUCAAAAAGGAAAUAUUCCAAAUCCAAAUUUUUCUUUUGGUACUGACCAGCGUCGAACAUUAAAUUAUAAUAAACAACCAUCAAAAAUAUCAGCUGAUCAAUCAUUGGAUAUCGAUGAUAUAUUACACAGUCGACCAAUUCAACCUCAACAACCAUCAUAUUUUAAACCUUCAAUACAACCAGCAAAAAAUUCAGCGGCAUCAACAAGAAGAGAUAGUUUAUCAGAUUUAUUAAAUGAUGAUCGAAAACUAACAACAAAAAAUCAUUUCAAUCAACCAUCAAAUAUAUUUUCACAUAAAGUUACAACAAAUGUACGUGGUAAACCGGUCAUUAAUCUCAAUCCAGAUGAUUUUUUUUCUAAUACAAAUAAUCGAGAUCAAAGUGCAACGAAAGCAUCAUUAGCAACAACGAAAACAUCCGCUAGCCAUUAUUAUUUAGGAAGUUCAAGAUAUAAACCAGGUAUUAAUCCUAAACAAACCGUACAUAAUGAUGGGCUUAAUUGGAUUACGGAAUCAUCAAUUAAUAGUAAUGCAGCAGCUCGUGGUCCAAAAUUAUCAUCCUAUAUACCAACAUUUGGUGAUCAAAGAAAACCAGCAGCUCAACAAGCUCCAACAAUUUUUAGUGAUUGGAAUCGUCAUGGUCAAUAA